AUAGCAUGCUGAAUGCCACUUCUGCCCCUCAGAUAAAAAUUGGGAGAUCCCUGGGAUUUUGCUUCAGAAAUGGAGGAGAUACUGUCACUUGUGAAACAAAUGCAGAAUGUGCAAAAUCUGGAGCCAAAAAUUGAAGACUUAGUAAAAAGGAUCAAUAAAUUGCAGCAAGCCAAGAAGAUAAUAAGUGAAGAGUUCUCUGAGGCAAAUAAGCACAGCAAUGCACUACAGAGGGAACUGGAAAAAUUGCAUGCUGAGAAGUCAACACUUGAGGAAAUACUGAACAAGAAGAAAGAGGCCUGGAAAAUCAUGCAGCUACACUGUGAGGAGACAAAGACUGAGAUGCAAAGGCAGCAGAAACUGAACUCAGAGUGUAAGCAAAAUAUUGAGGAACUUGCAACCAAGAUCCACGAGGAGAAACUGAAGCAAAGCAAGCAGAGAUCAAAAUUUCAGCAGCAACUUGAUGAAUUGAUAGAGAAGCACAAGAGUCUCUGGGACCUUUAUGGUAAGGAGAAGUCAGUGGCUGACCUGAGAGAUAGCAAGGAGUGUUUGCUCAAUGAAGAAAAACUGAUACAGGAGAAACUAGCCCAUGUUCAAGAGGAGUUAGAUUUGUUGAACCAGUCUGCCUUAACUGAGGAGAGAAAACUCCUGAAGAGCCAGCAAGCUGCAGCUACCCUAGAAUUAUUUCAAGAAGAAAAUCACAAAGCAAAAGAAUAUCUGGAAGCAGCCUCCAAACACAAUUUUGAUUUGCAGCAGAGAUGCAGCAGAGUAAAUGCAGAAUUGAAGGAAUUUGGGAUGGAGAAUGGCAGUCUCGAAGACUAAUUUGAGUUGUUGCAGCAGAAGAUGGAGCACAGGUUAAGGGUUGGAUGCAAUUCUGCCAUUCUGUAGACAAUCAGUUUCAGUGGAAGUGGGAGGUGGGAAGUCUCCCUGUACCCUACAGCCCCUAUAUAUCUCAGAAUUGCUCUGGAGGCCUGGAAAUCUCUCCAGAGCACUUUUUCAAUGGGCAUCAAGGGCUUUAGGGAGAGGAAGGAAGGAAAAGCUCUUGUCUCACUACUGGAUUUCUAGAAUAACAGUGAUUAGGAAGCUAUAUGUAAAGUGCAGACAAGCUAUGGUAGGAGCAUUCUCAAUGCUGACCAAGUAAUAAAUGUUGAAUUGAACAAAAGAGAAAAGGAGGAGCAAAAUAAGGGUGGACUCUGGAUCAUAUGGAUGUGCUGGUGAUUGCAGAGGGGCCAAGAAAUUGUGGGGAUGUAGGAAUCUGUGCUGGUAACAUUAAGGAUUGGGGAGAAACCAGGCAAACACUGGUUCAUUGUUCUUAGUCUAUGUGCAUUUAGUGAACACUACAACUCUUCUCAGUACAAGGGAAAAGAUUUCAUAGGGAUUUAAGAACUAACUCCUUAAUUUUAUCUCUCUUUACCACCCUAGGUCAGGUUAAUGUGAGCAGAAUCUUGCUUUUAGCAUCAAGAAAAAUUAUUAUCCCAGUGGAAUCCUACAUAUUAUAUGCAUCUUCCUGAACUUUGCAAGCCAUUUGUUGUUAAUAAAAUGCCAUUAUCUCUGUUAAAUAAAAGUAGUUUGGUUUC